AUGGCAAACGAACAGUCUCAUCAAUUGUGGUCGCCGUCACCAGCGAAUGGGGGAAACCUUAAGGACUUCAUUAAUUUGGCAAAUAACCGUUUUGGUCUCAAUUUGAAAUCAUAUCACGAUUUACAUGCAUGGUCUAUAUGCACUGAAACAUCAAAUGAUUUCUGGAUAUUGCUCUUUGAGUAUCUUCGAAUUAAAUCCAACAGAAAGCCUAGCAUCGCGUUUGCGGCGAAAAUGUCAACGGUUCCAAUGUUCCCACCGCCGCACUUCUUUCCCGAAAUCAAGCUCAACUUUACAGAGAACAUAUUCAGCAACUUCAUACCGAGUGCCGUUAUUCUUCACGUUUGUAGUGAGGGUGCGAAUCAUGUUCGAGAUGUCACAUGGGAUGAAUUACGUACGCAAGUUGAGAAAAUCGCUUCUGCCAUGAUCAAUUCUGGAGUCUCGGUGGGAGAUCGUGUCGCAGCCAUUAUUUCCAACAGACAAGAAGCGAUCGCAUCCUGUUUAGCGACACUCAGUCUUGGAGCAAUAUGGUCAGCCUCCUCUCCAGAGAUGGGGUCAAGUGCAAUACUUAGUCGUCUUACGCAAAUUCGACCCAAACUCAUCAUUUGCGAGAGCGAGACCGUUUACAACAAUAAAAGACGAGAUCUCACUAGUACUAACCUCAUCUGGGCUCGCAAGCUAGCUCAAAAUGAAAGUCUGCGAAGUAUAAUUGUUUUAUCCCAAAAGAAGAUAAAGGUCGGAACGGAAUUCAAGAUGAUUUUAUGGGAUCGUUUUCUCGCUUUGGCAACUCCGAGAAAACUUAGUUUUGUGCAACUACCGUUCAAUCACCCAGCGUUUAUAGUCUAUUCCUCGGGCACAAGCGGAUCACCGAAGUGCAUUGUUCACAGCGCUGGUGGACUUCUCAUACAGGCCAAGAAAGACGCGAUACUUCAUUAUGACAUCAAACCUCGUGAUACAGUAAUGCAAUACACGACAACAGGAUGGAUCAUGUGGGUUAUGGUGUUGGUAUCGCUAACGUAUGGUGGUAAAGUCGUUUUGUAUGACGGAUCUCCUUUCAUACCUGACGAGUUGGUUCUUCUACGUUUGGUGAGCAACCUUAAGGUGAACGUUUUUGGCACUUCAGCCAAAUUUCUUACCCACCUGAAAACAAAGAUGAUAUGCCCGAAAAAGACCCUUGACUUGUCCCAUUUGCGAACUGUCACUUCAACGGGAAGUCCUUUGACGGCAGAUGUCGCGACAUGGUUCUAUAAACAUGGGUUUCCAAAGCACAUACACCUUCAUUCAACUUGUGGCGGUACUGAUCUUGCUUGUUCCCUGGUCACUGGUGUUCCUACGAUUCCACUGUUUGCGGGUGAGAUUCAGGGGCCAUCGCUUGGCAUGGCAGUGGAUAUACUCAGUAUGGACGAAACAGAGCCAGUUUCUGUGGCGUUCAAAGGCGAGGCUGGUGAGUUAGCUUGUUUAAAACCAUUUCCAAGCCAGCCGGUGUUCUUCUGGGGAGACAAGGAGAAUGUCCAGUACAAAAGCUCUUACUUCGAGAAAUUUGGAGCCCACACUUGGAUUCAGGGAGAUUUUGUAUCCAUGAAUCCCACAACCAAAGGCUUUACUGUACAUGGAAGGUCUGAUGGUGUCUUAAAUCCAUCUGGAGUACGAUUCGGUAGCGCCGAGAUUUAUAACGUCGUUCAAGAGUUUCCGGAGGUCCAAGACAGUCUUUGCGUGGGACAGAGACGAAAAGAUGACGAUGACGAACAUGUAGUCUUGUUUGUACAAUUGCGAUCCAAAGAAAAUCUGUCAAGAACAUUGCAUAACAAGUUAAAAGAAAGCAUUGCGAAAAGAUUGAGCAAGCGGCAUGUACCAAAGUUCAUUUUUGCAACUCCGGAAAUUCCAUAUACAAUCAACGGAAAGAAGGUGGAAAUCUUGGUCAAAAAAAUAAUAUCUGGUCAACCUUUCAAAGUCAGUCCGACCGUUCAAAAUCCUGACUGCUUGAUGUUCUAUCAAUCAUUUCUUCAUGUGGAACAGAAAUAUGAGGAGCUGAGGAAGCAGUGGAAGUACGCACGAUUAUAA